AUGUCUGUCGUUGAGAUAACAUCGAACGAGCAGUUCAACUCCUUGUUGAGUCAAUCACGAUUCGUCGUGGCCGACUUUUACGCCGACUGGUGCGGACCAUGCAAAGCCAUCGCUCCUGUGUACGCCUCACUGGCGAGCCAGCUCACCCGACCUAACCACAUCACAUUUACCAAAAUCAAUGGCGACAACCAGCAAGCCCUGGCCCAGGCCUACAGCGUGCGGGCGACUGCAAUAGAAUGCUGCUCCAAGCUCCCCUUCCCCCCCCUCUCUACCAUCUACACUCUCCAGCUAACAACGACUCUUUUUUUUCUCUCAGAUAUCCUACCUUCAUCGUAUUCGAAAACGGCCGCAAAAAGGAAAACCGUCGCCGGCGCCGAUGCCCGCAAACUUAACGAAGUAAUUCAGAAACUCGCCUCAGAAGCCAAGAACUCCGACGCCGCCGGCGGCGAAGGCAGUGGCAGCUGGGUCGGCGCAGCCAUUGCCAAGGGCUACAGCGACGUAACAGACCAAGUAGACGUGAAGGGACUGGACCUACUGAACCGGGACAGCGAGCAUGGCGGCCCCCGCGUGCUCUUUGACAGCAGCAAGCCCGCCGCGCUGGCGGGCAAAGGCAAGAAGGCCGAUGCUGACUGGGUCGAGAGCGACACGGACGAGCAGUUGAUGCUGUACAUCCCGAGGGCGACGAUGACGAUGAAGUUCCUAUGCGGCCUAAAGACUCUGUGGCUGUACACGAACCGGUCGCAUGUGCUUGGGUUCGAUGAGGCGGAGGACAUUCCGGCGGUGCAGAAGCUGGAGAUUCAGGAGGGGGAUUGGGAUGCGAAGACUGCGACUGCCAAGGUUGAUCUGCGGUUUGUCAAAUUCCAGAAUGUUACUUCGUUGGUCGUUUUCUUCGUUGAUGGCGAUGGCGCUGGUGAGAAGCUGCGUGUGGAUCGUCUGCGCAUUAUCGGCGAAGCUGGCGAGAAGCGCUCGAUGGGCAAGCUGGAGAAGUUCGGUGAUGAGCCUGGAGAGUGA